GAACUUUUAAAGCUAAAGACCAAAAUAUAUUCAAAGUUCACGAGCAGAUCAGAUAUAAUACCAUAUGGUCUUGAGCCCAAAUAUCGAGAGAUCUAUAGACUACUUGAAGCUACGGUUCAAGAUCAUGAAAGUCAAUCAGCUUUGAUAAUAGGCCCCAAGAAUUCAGGUAAAACAUCCUGCUUGAAUAUUGCUUUGAAAGAACUAAGGUCACAAGUGAAAAAUAGACGAGAUGAAUUUCUGUUCAUCAAAAUUUCAGGAUUGAUUCAAGAUAAUGAUAAGGCUGCUGUCAAGUCAAUCGCAAGACAAUUAGACACUGAGAUUUCAAGAGUUUAUAAGGUUAAUGUGAAGGAGUUACACCCCAGUGAACUUUUAGAGAAAAAAUCAGUCACUGAAACAUUUUCUAACAUUUUGAACAUUCUAGAUAAGCAAGUUUUAUUGGAGGAUGAGUCUAGUGGUAGUAUUCAUAUACCUAUUGUGUUUGUCAUUGAUGAAGUUGAAGUGUUUGCAAAUCCUAAUAGACAAACUUUACUCUACAAUUUAUUUGAUUUGGUUGAAAAUAGUUCUACUCCCAUCACCACCAUCUGUUUAUCAUCAAAAUUUACCGUUAAAGAUUCAUUAGAGAAAAGGGUUAGAAGUAGGUUUUCCCAAAGAAUGAUUCAAUUUACUAAAUUUAAUGAAGAACAAUUUAUAGAGAUUUCCAAAAAAAUCUUGAGUAUUGAUGAACCAGAAAAUGAUUAUGAAAAUCAAUGGAAUAAACACAUUGAAGAAUUGAUAAAUAAUCAGUCCAGCUUGAGGAAAUUGAUCAUAUAUAACCAUUUAACUGUUAAUAACUUCAAAGAACUUCAUAAUCAUUGCACUUUCCCAAUUUCCAAGAUUUCAAAAAAUCAACCAUUUUUGAAUGAUGUGGAUUUCGAGAAAUAUUCAGCCAACAACAACAGAUCAUCGUGGAAGAACAUUAUCAAUACACUAUCUGAAAUUGAGCUCUCAUUGCUUGUCAGCGCUGCUAGAUUGAUAACGAAGAAUGAUUUGAAUUGGAUUAAUUUAAAUUCUGCAUAUGAAGAAUACAAAAGUAUGGCCAAGAUGCAAAAUAAGGAAAGAUCAGUGAAUGUUUUCAACACAAGUGUGAUUAAUACAGGGUUCAAGAUCUGGACAAAGGAAACAUGCGAGACACCAUGGGGAGUUUUACAAAAAUUAGGAUUAUUGACACCUCCAACAAACGCAGGGAAAAGUGGAAAGACUAUAGAGUUUUCGAAUAAUACGGUAGAGACUAAAAUGUGGCAACUUGAGGUUACUUUGGAUGAGCUUAGAUUGAUUUUAUUGGACUCUGAAAAGAAUGUUAAAGGUUGGACAAGAUUAUGA